UUCUAUCUAAUUAUUUAAUCAAAAAAACAAUUAAAUAUAGUGUUACAAAUUUCUGAAUCUAACAUCGAUACAAAUCCGGAAAUUUGAGUGAGACGUGAAACUUAAAGAAUUCUGUUUUUCUUGCUGCUUCUUUAUGUGUCUUUUUAUCGCUAGGUGGCCAAAAUCAUAGCGAUGUUUAUACCUGCCUGCGAACCUUGUAAAUUGGUCAAAUUUUUAAAAAAAUAGUUCAAAAGUUUACCAAAUCAUUUUUUAUGAAAACAUUAUUUCGUAGUCACGUUUUUUUAAUUAGACUUUGAGCUUCCUUUGUCUACCAAUUUCUUUAUGAUUUUAUAAUUGGUUUUAAUUUAAUAGUUUUAUUGCGUAGUCUAUUUGUGACGAAGCGGUUAAUUUGUUAAUUUGCAACACGAAACGAAUGUUUAAUUGUAUUAAAAAAUACUAUAAAAAAUGAUUAUGAAUGAUUAUUUUAUUACACAUGGGAAUGCAUACAUAACUAGUGUUGAAGUGACAGUGUAUAUGUUAGUCAUGUUCCCUUUAAAAUUGAUUUUUUAAUCAAAGUAUGAAGAUUUAUAAAUUACUGGACAGAAGUUCCAUCAACUUUCUUAAAUAUGUUUAAUCCUAUACAAAUCAAAUAUGAAUAUAUGAAAGUAGAAGAUGUUGAUUCUACUAGUAAUGUUUCAAAUAUUUCCAAAUAUCCAACAUCAAUUAAUGAAAAUAUUGAUUAUAAAUAUAAUGAAAUACCACAAUACUGGGAUCAUCAAUUAUCAAACCAAAUAUGUCCAAAAAAUGAAAUUUAUGAUCAGCAUAAUUCAUAUCAUUCUGAAGAAAAUAAUUCUUUGACGUAUAUGAGAAAUUGUAUAGAUUCUAGCAUACAGCACCAAGGUAAUCGAGAGGAAAAUUUAAAUCAAAUGAAUCAACAGCGUCACACAGAUGUGAAUGAAAAAGUUGAACAAUCACAAUUUCCUCGAAGUAUACAACCGACAAAAUUCACAAACCAUAUGGUAAUUCCAGGGCCUGUGUCGCCCAUUAAAUCGAAUCGUCCUGGGAGACCAUCUAAAGACUGUUCAGAGUCAAAUGUAGGAAAGAAAGUUAAAUGUCAGUGUGAAAUAUGCUUUAAAGAAUUUGGACAUAAAAGUAAUUUAUUUAUACAUAUGAGGACUCAUAAUGGGGAAAGACCAUAUAAAUGUAAUCAAUGUGAAAAGUGUUUUACUCAUAGUGGGAACUUAGCUAUCCAUAUGCGAACGCAUUCUGGUGAAAGACCUUACGGUUGUCAGAUAUGUGGAAAAAUGUUUAGUCACAGUGGAAAUUUGUCAACUCAUUUAAGGACUCAUUCAGGCGUGAAGCCAUAUAAAUGUGUUGUAUGUGGUAAAGAAUUUAGGCACAGUGGGAAUUUAUCGAUACACGUAAGAAUACAUUCUGGAAUUAAGCCAUUUCAAUGUAAAGUUUGUGGGAAAGAUUUUUACCAUAGUGGAAAUUUAACGACUCAUAUGAAGAAACAUAGUGUAAAUAUUAAUAGUUGUUCUAAUCAAAGUGAAAGCAACGAACAAGCAAUAGGUACAAGAGUAAACCUAAAUGAUACUAUGCCUCUGAGCUCAUCUAAAAAUUUGUCGUUAAGUCAAACUACUGAUAUUAAACUACUGCCUAAUGUAAAUAAUAUCGUUCCUAUAAAAAAUGAAAGUAAUGACAAAGAAUUAAUAAGUACAGUUGAGACAGUAACAUCAAUCUCUACAUAAAUUCUUCAACGAUCAACGAUAUUUCAAAACGCAGAUUACAAUAAUAAUUAAUAUCAAGUGUCCUGUCUAUGACUUAUUUUAUGCUUUGUAUAUAUUUCUUUUCAUUGAUUGAAAAUAAGCAUGUUAUAAAUAUCUUGUCUCUUCUUAUUAUGUACACGACAAGUUGAAAGUGUACAGAAGAAUUUUAUAUAAAAAUAUGUACGUGUCUGUAAUAACUAAAAAU